CACCAACAGUGACCAGUUAGUUAUGGGGAUUUAUGUCUCUUGAGCGUUUCUUUCGUUUGCUUCCGCCAUGCCGUCACGCCAACCUCCGCCACCGUCGUUGGUCUCACUAAGCGUCACAGCACCACCGCCACCUGAUCCUCCAAAUACUGAAGCAACUCAACUGCACGAUCACCACCACCACAGCGGUUCUCAUCUUAUUCCACCGAUCGCCGGUGCCGCCGCUGCUCUAUCUAUUUUUUUAUUUCUAGCGGUUCUUUAUCGGAAAUUGUCCCGUAAAAGGACGGUACCUGCCGAUCUAAAGCCUCCUCAUCGCUUCUCCUACACCCUUCUCCGCCGCGUCACUUCUUCCUUCUCCUCCUCCAACCGACUAGGCAAAGGUGGCUUUGGUUCCGUCUACCGUGGUACCCUCCCCUCCGGUCAAGAAAUCGCCGUCAAGGUUAUGGAUUCUGGUUCUUUACAGGGGGAGCGGGAGUUCCAGAACGAGUUGUCACUCGCAGGGAAGAUCGAUUGCGACCGUGUGGUGUCCCUCCUCGGCUUCUCCUGUGACCGGAAGCGUCGACGGAUGUUGCUUGUGUAUGAACUUAUGCAUAACCGGAGCUUGCAGGAUGCCCUGCUUGAUUGCAAGCGUCCAGAGUUGAUGGAGUGGAAGAGGCGGUUAGCCAUUGCCAUCGACAUUGCUAAAGGUCUUGAGUUCCUUCACACCGUCUGCGAUCCCCCCGUGAUUCAUGGCGAUAUCAAGCCCAGUAAUAUCUUGUUGGAUAGUUACUUCUCUGCCAAGAUUGCUGAUUUCGGUCUUGCCCGAUUGAAGACUGAGGAGAACUCCGAUGCCGUCGCCCUGGAGGUUGUCGAGAAUGAUGCGCCAAAGGUUAAUACGGAUAAUGGAUCUAAGGGGAAAAAGGUAGAGAGAUUGGAGAUUAAUGGCGCGGGUGGAGGCGACGACAACGGAUCUAUACUUGAAGAGACUGAGAGCGUGACGACAACUUAUGAAGACGCCAAUGCUGGUGUGGAGCAGUCGCCUGAGAGUUUCAGGAGGAUUUCCGAUGCUGAAGCAUCACCGGAGACGACCUUUGUGGCAGAGGCGUCCCCUUCGGAGAUCUUGGACAAGACGAGUGUGUCGGAGGGUUAUUUCGAUAAGCUCAGUGUUGAGAGUAGCAAGGAUACAAUUGGCGGCGGGGAGAACCGGAGGGGAGGAAGGAAGAAGAGUGUUUCAGGGAAGGAUUGGUGGUGGCGUCAAGAAAAUGGCGGAGGUGCGUCUGACUCAGGGGGCGUCAAGGACUAUGUGAUGGAGUGGAUUGGAAAUGAGAUUAAGAAGGAGAAACCCAAGAGCGAUUGGGUUACUGCUUCAGCUUCUGCCGAUGAGGCUACAGGUACGGUUACGGUGAAGCCCAGUGUGAAGUCAGAACGGAAGAAACAGAGGCGUAUGGAGUGGUGGACUUGCUUGGAUGAGGAGAAUAUCCCAAAGAAGGAAAAGAGCCGACAGCCGCGAGAGUGGUGGCGAGAGGAGUUCUGUGAAGAACUUGCCAAGAAAAAUAAGACAAAGGCCCCCAAGUCCAGAAGCGGUAGUAGUGCAGGCGACCUUUGGUGGCAGAGAGAUGAGGAUUUGGUUCCUGAGAGGAGGAAGAAGAACCGUAGCAGGAGUAGUCGGAGCAGUGUGGAUUGGUGGUUAGAUGGGCUCAGCGGAGAGUUUCGGAACGGUGGUCGGCGCAACAGCGUGGACUGGGCCAGCGGAGAGAUCCCCAAGAGCGGCGGUGUCAGCAGCACCCCAAGCAUGAGAGGUACCGUCUGCUACAUCGCCCCCGAGUACGGCGGUGGUGGGCAGCUCUCGGAGAAAUGCGAUGUGUACAGCUUUGGGGUUCUGUUGUUAGUUCUCAUCGCUGGGCGAAGACCUCUCCAGGUAACUGGUUCACCCAUGUCUGAAUUCGAACGAGCAAAUCUCAUUUCAUGGACUCGUCAUCUUGCCCGUACUGGAAAGUUGCUGGACCUUGUCGAUCCAUCCAUUCAGUCUUUAGACCGAGAACAAGCCCUCCUCUGCAUCACGAUCGCACUCAUUUGCUUACAACGUUCGCCUGUGCAUCGGCCCUCCAUGAAAGAAGUCGUAGCCAUGCUUUCCGGUGAGUCUGAGCCUCCCCACCUGCCAUUUGAAUUCUCCCCUUCACCACCCUCUAAUUUCCCGUUCAAGUCCAGGAAGAAGGCCCGGUGAGUUAUUUGAUCACCCUCCCGGCA